CAUAGAUUCGAACGAACGGCACCGUGCUUGGCCCACAAAAUCAUUCAUCUUCAAUGCUGGCGAUGCUCGCCGGAGCUGAAUUUCGCCAACCUCCAUGACGGCCACCGCCAAGUCCAACCCAGUCCCACUAUAUAGAUAUAGAUGAAGAACCCAAUCGGGACUUUCAUGGUUUUUUCCUGCAAUGCGCUCAUUCUCUUCCCCGACGACUUUCGAUCAAACCACAACGUUUCGUACAAAUCUGAAGAAACGCUAUCCUGGGACCAAGCUUCCCUGUGUGGUCCAAAACCUCAUAAAUGAAUUCUCUCGGGGAAAUAUUUCUCAGUUUAUCUCUUCUCUUGAUCUAUUAGUUUACAAAGGGAUUCGCUUGCCUUCGAAAACUCUUGCUCAUCUUCUCCAACAAUGCGGAAACAGAAGGUCGCUUCGAGAAGGAAAAUGGGUUCACCUUCAUUUGAAGGUUACUGGGCUGAAGCGCCCAGGAACGUUUUUGGAAAAUCAUUUGAUCAAUAUGUAUUUCAAAUGCGGUAGUGAUGUUGAUGCUCGCAAGGUGUUUGAUAAAAUGGCUGUGAGGAAUCUGUACUCAUGGAACAAUAUGCUUUCUGGGUAUGUGAAGAUGAAAAAGUUAAAGGCUGCCCGGAGGAUGUUUGAUCAAAUGCCGGAGAAGGACUUUGUGUCAUGGAAUACAAUGGUGAUUGCAUAUGCUCAGAAUGAAUUGUUUCAUGAGGCUUUGGAGCUCUACAAAGAGUUGCGGAGAUCGUCAAUUGGCUAUAACGAAUUCAGUUUUGCAGGUGCUUUGACUGUGUGUGUUAAGUUAAAGGAAUUGGAGCUUACUAGGCAGAUUCAUGGACAGAUUUUGGUAGCCGGGUUUUUGUCAAAUGUGGUGCUUUCGAGUUCAGUUGUUGAUGCGUAUUCAAAGUGUGGGGAGAUGGAAGAUGCAAGAAGAUAUUUUGAUGAAAUGCCGCUAAGGGAUGUCCUUGUUUGGACCACUAUGGUUUCUGGAUAUGCCAAAUGGGGACAUAUGAAAUCUGCUAGUGAAUUGUUUCAUCUGAUGCCUGAGAAGAACCCUGUCUCCUGGACGGCUUUGAUCGCUGGCUAUGCUAGAAAUGGUAUGGGGUAUGAAGCACUAACAUUGUUCACAAAAAUGAUAAUGUUUCGAUUAAGACCUGAUCAGUUUACCUUCAGUAGCUGUCUUUGUGCUUGUGCUGGUAUAGCUGCACUUAAGCAAGGAAAGCAAAUACAUGGCUAUUUGAUACGUACGAAUUUCAGACCCAACAAAAUAGUUGUUAGCUCUCUCAUUGACAUGUACACAAAAUGUGGGAGUUUGGAAACUGCUCACCGGGCCUUUAACCUCUUGGGAAAUAAGCAAGAGGUCAUAUUAUGGAACACAAUGAUAUCUGCCUUAGCACAGCAUGGUCAUGGUAAAGAGGCAAUACAGAUGUUUGAAGACAUAAUCAGAUCAGGAGUGAAGCUAGAUAGGGUCACCUUUGUUGUGAUUCUCAGUGCAUGUAGUCAUUCAGGUCUAGUGCAGGAAGGGCUUAGAAUUUUCAAUUCCAUGACGCCAGAUCAUGGCAUUAUUCCUGAUCAAGAACAUUACGCUUGCCUAAUUGAUAUCUUGGGUCGGGCUGGAUGUUUCGAAGAAUUGAUGAACCAGAUUGACAAGAUGCCAUGUGAGCCAGGUUAUCAAGUUUGGAAUUCUUUACUAGGCGUCUGUAGAAUUCACAGAAACUUGGAGCUGGGAAGAAAAGCUGCCGAACGUCUUAUCGAGUUAAACCCUCAGUUCCCUGAUGCCUAUAUGUUUCUUUCCAGCAUAUAUGCCAUGCUUGGGAGAUGGGAACUGGUACAGAAGGUGAGGCAGCUUAUGAACAAAAGACAUGUGAGAAAAGAACGUUCAGUUAGUUGGAUAGAAAUUGAUAACAAAGUGCAUGCAUUUACUGUAUCUGAUAGGUUACAUCCAAUGACAGAAGCCAUAUACUCAGUUUUGAGAGAGUUAGCUACCCAUUCCUUAAUCCUUAACACCAAGAGGUAAAUGUUUGAGGAAUGCAUCUUUUUGUGAAUUGAUAUGCUUGAGGAAUAAUAAUUAUUGAUAGCUGCAGUCAAUAUCUUUAACUUGUAACAUUAUUUUUACCUUCAGAUUUCAUUGAUUUUGAGUCGUCACAAUUUUGUAUACUUGUGUGAUUCUGUCCAAAGAUCUAAAUAAUAGACCAAAUAUAAGGUGUUUGGAUCUCCCCUGUCAUGAUUUGUCUCUCAGAUUCAUGAAUACAUUACCAAAGAUUUUUUUUUA